UGCGAGAGGUUCGUCGCCCACCGAUCUCGAACCCACCGAUCUUGAACAAACCCUUCCUCUGCAAGGAAAAGACGACCGAUCAAGGAAAAGGAAGCGUUCGCGCCUCCCUCCGAAUCCCUCCGCCCGGGGCGAUGGCUCCUCAACCGCCGACAUCGGAGCUCAACAUCCAGCAAGUUCAGCAGUUCCUCACGAAUUCGCUGUCGCAACGGGGACCGUCGGCGUUGCCCUACGCCGAGGACGUGAAGUGGCACAUCCGCCAGCAUUUGGUCGCCCUGAUGGGGGCCUUCCCUUCCCUCCGCCCACGCGCCUCCUCGUUCACGCACAACGACGGCCGCUCCGCACACCUCCUCCAGGGCGAGGGCACCAUGCCGAUCUCCUUCCGUGGUGCCGUGUACCACCUUCCCGUCGUCAUUUGGCUCCUCGAGUCCUACCCGCGCCGACCUCCUGCCGUCUACCUCACCCCUACGCGCGACAUGCUCGUCAAGCCUGGGCACUCUCUCGUUGACCCUUCCGGCCUUGUCCGUGAGGACGCGGUCCCCUACCUCCGCUCUUGGGUCUACCCUGCUUCCAACCUCGUCGAUCUAGUCCGAUCCCUCUCCCACCUCUUCGGCAUCGAUCCCCCUCUGUACACCCGUCCGAGCCACACGCCCUCUCCUCCCGCCCCUUCCCCCUCUCCCUCCUUUUCAUCCCCAUAUGGAAGCGGUGGUGGCGAGCCUACUCGUUUUCCUCCUCCCCCUUCGACGCAGGCCCACUUCUCAGCUCGCCCAACCGAGGACCCCUCUGAAGUCUACCGCCGCAAUGCUAUCUCCAAGAUCCUGGAGUCCGUCCAUGCUGACAUGGCGACGCUGCGCCACUCUCAAGAGGCCGAGAUGGAGGGCCUCUUCUCUACACAGGCCGAACUGCGGAGGCGGCAGCAAGAGCUCAGCCGUGGCCUCCAGGAAAUGAUUCAGGAGAAGGAGGGCUUCGAGCAACAGCUGCAGCUUGUUCUCAUGAAUUCGGAUUUGCUCGAGGGGUGGGUCAGAGAGAAUGAGGAGCUGUGUCGGCGUUGUCGUGAGGGGGUAGAUGUGGAUGAUGUCUUCGAGCCUGUCGAUGGCCUGUCAAGGCAGAUGACGGAGUGCACUGCUGCUGACAUAGCAAUAGAGGACACAAUCUAUGCUCUGGACAAGGCUGUUCAGGAAGGGGCAAUACCGUUCGAUUCAUAUCUGAGGACUGUGAGGACAUUGUCGAGGGAGCAGUUUUUUCACCGAGCGACAGCAGCUAAGGGUCGUGCUACUCUGGUUCAUGCCCAGGUUACAAGUAUGGCUUCAAGGACGCAACAAUAUGUUUCCCAAUGAAGUCAUGGGCAACUCAUCGGCCCCAAAGAUGUUAAUGGAGUUAAUGCUAUAAUCUGUUGUUGGGGAUAUAAGCGUUGACGGUUGAAGAAUGCUUCAUUAGUACAACAUCUCUUCUCUUUCUGAAUUCCUCCUUGAUAGUGCAUGAUAUGUGUUUCUGGGAAUUUAUAUGUUAUCCUGAUCCUCUCAUGUGUGGAUAAGACAUGAAAGUUUAACCUGUGUACUAUUUGUCAUUCCUAGUAGAGUCCGUCGGUGCAAUUUUUUCAUUCAUAUUUUAUGUUAAAGACUUGAGAUUGUUCACGGAUCUGUCAAGCAACGAUAUCAUUAUUUCUGAUAUAAGAAUUCUGGUUAUGUUUCUGUAUCUA